AUGGUCCUCCCUCCAGCCUUUGUGGCAGCCCAGCUCAUCAAUGCGGUGCAGGCCUACAUCCUGCUACGACAUGAUGUCCUGAAGAUUGGCAGGUCCUGGUACCUCCUGGUCCUGUACUUUGUGCUGGCCACCAUAGCGAGCUGGACGACGCGGUACAUGGACCGCCCCCCUUCGCCACGCGCCGGGGACGAUCACCGCCGGCCCGGCCUGUGGCUCCCCCGCGCCAUCCUCGUCCUGUAUCAUGUCCACCAGGCCAUGGUCUGGCUGCUCCUGGUCAUCACCUGGGGCAUCCUCUACCCCGCCGCGCUGGCCAUGCCCGACCCACGCGAGCGGCGGGACAAGCUGGAGAACAUGCUCAACUUUGGCAGCUACAACCAGCACGGUGGCAACGUGGUGUUCAUGCUGGGGGAGCUCUUCCUGGCCCACCUCCCCUUCCAGUCCAGGUAUCUGGGCUGGGUGGGCGUCUGGACCGCACUCUACUUCCUCUUCGAGUCCUUCAGCAAGAUAGUGUGGGACCAGUUUCAUUACCCCAUCUUUGAGGGCGGCGCCAUGCAGCAGUGGUCCGCGGCCCUGCUCAUCCCUGCCCUCCAAUGGGCCUCCUUCGGCCUGGUCCUGGCUCUGGUCUCCCGGAAGAAGAAGCUGGUGGAGAGGGUGGAGUCGCAGAGAUCCAUCGCGUCCAAUGGCGGCGCGGACAGGCCGACCGCAAAGCCACAUGCGGCCUAA